CGGGCUGGGCGGGGCCAAGCGACGCCCCGGCGACUGGCGGCACUCGCCUGGGCUGUGCCUGGAUCGGGAGGCGAUGGGAGACCGGCGCCGGGAGAGGCUCGGGGCCGCCGGGACUUUGCCCCGCGGAGGAGGAGGAGGACAGAGAGGAGGAGCAGGAGGGAGGGAGCCCGCCGCCGCCGCCGCAACCGCGCGGCUUUAGACAGCACGCCUGGCUUUUGUUUUGGCUUCAACCCGUAUUUCCCCCCUUCCAUCCUGCCAAACAAAGGAAGCAGAAAGAGAGAGAGAAAGAGAGGUAUCUAAAUCUAUCCCAUCGAUCAUCCAUCUGGAGAGAGACAGCAUCUUGUUGUGCUGGAGACAUGCGUUCGGUCCGGAAGAGGUGGACUAUCUGCACCAUCAGCAUCCUCCUGAUCUUCUACAAGACGAAAGAGAUCGCCAGGACGGAGGAGCACCAGGAGGCGCAACCCAGCGGAGAUGGUGAUUCAAGUUUGAGUAGAUCAAUGGUCAAUAAUUCUGACAAAAUAAACCAAAAGAGUGGCUCUUCAGUGUUCCAGCAUUCUGUGGAGAGAUGGAAAAUCAAUUCCUCCUUGGUGCUAGAAAUAAGGAAAAACAUUCUUCGAUUCUUGGAUGCAGAAAGAGACAUCUCUGUGGUCAAAAGCAGCUUCAAGCCAGGAGAUGUAAUCCAUUAUGUGCUAGACAGACGCCGUACCCUAAACAUUUCCCAGGAUCUACACAGCCUCCUUCCUGAAGUUUCACCAAUGAAGAACCGUCGCUUUAAGACAUGUGCCGUUGUAGGCAAUUCUGGCAUUCUCUUGGAUAGUGGAUGUGGAAAAGAGAUUGACAGCCAUGAGUUUGUUAUAAGGUGCAAUCUAGCUCCCGUGGUGGAGUUUGCUGCCGAUGUGGGAACUAAAUCAGAUUUUAUUACCAUGAACCCAUCAGUUGUACAAAGAGCAUUUGGAGGCUUUCGGAAUGAGAGUGACAGAGAAAAAUUUGUGCAUAGACUAUCCAUGCUGAAUGACAGUGUCCUUUGGAUCCCUGCUUUCAUGGUCAAAGGCGGAGAGAAGCAUGUGGAGUGGGUUAAUGCAUUAAUCCUUAAGAAUAAAUUGAAAGUGCGAACUGCCUAUCCAUCACUGAGACUUAUUCAUGCUGUCAGAGGUUAUUGGCUAACCAACAAAGUUUUCAUCAAACGACCCAGCACAGGACUCCUCAUGUACACGCUUGCUACACGAUUCUGCGAUGAAAUUCACCUCUAUGGAUUUUGGCCCUUCCCAAGGGAUAUAAAUGGAAAAACGGUCAAAUAUCAUUAUUACGAUGACUUAAAGUAUCGAUACUUUUCUAAUGCCAGCCCUCAUAGGAUGCCAUUAGAGUUUAAAACUUUGAACAUGUUACAUAACAGGGGAGCUCUUAAAUUGACCACGGGAAAAUGUGCACAGCAAUAAUGUACAAGUCAAGAACAAAGAGAAGUAAAGGAAAUGGGCUUUGUGAUUUUGAUUACAUGGAAAAACAGGGGUAUUCAAACUGGAUAUAUCCCAGUGCAUUGUAACAAGCCAUUGGUGAAAAAGGAAAUACAUCAGAAGAGCUCCCAUUACCAGCUAACGUUUCACCUGUUGAAGUGCUAAAUCUUUGAGUGCAAUGGUUCGAGUAAGUGCCACUUUCACUGAAAACAAAACUUGAAUGUAUAAAAUCAGUAGUGUUUACAAGAUCCAAUGAUGCAUUCAUCACCUGUUAAAAGGAGCUGCUCAUUUGCCACAGCAAGCAUCGGACAACAUAAAAAGAAACACCUAACUGGUGGGAUCUGCCCUUAUGAAAAUGCAUGCCUCUGGCCAUGAAAAAACCAAGGUGUGAUUGGCAGAGCAGUGAAAAACAUUGCAAAGAUCAAGCAAAAUACCUUCAGUCAGGAGAAUGCCUGACUUUGUAUUAUAAUCUCUUUCCCUCUCUCUCCCUCCUGAUUUUGAAAUUGUCAUUCAUUUUAUGUUGUUUGAGUACUGGAAACCUUUUAAGGGAUUUUGAAAAAAAGAACAAUAUGAACCUUUUAGGCAAUCUUCAAGAAGUGGUCUUAGAAGAUGUUAUUUUUUGAAGAGAAACCCCAGUGCAUUUUAAAUUCUUUGUUGUAUGCUAUUGUUCAGCUUAUGCUUGGCAUAUGCUUUACAGCUAAAACUGCCUCUAUGCCAUGACUUG